AUGUCGGGGCAGGGACAGCAACAGCAACGGCGCGGGGAUGCCAUGCGCCCCCAGCCAACGCCCGAUCGCACAAAGUCACAAUCGCAGGCUCAGACUCCUGUGCUCUCGGUCGAAUCAUCCAAUCCAUCAGCUCAACCUACUUCCGCUUCACAAACCCCAAGUUCGCCUGCGCAGACCCCUCUGUUCCGAGUCCCUCAAUCUCCUCACAUAGGCGGCAGUGAGUCUACUGCAAAAGUGGGAAAAGUUGCGAUACCAAGACUGAAGAGAGCUAUCGAUGUUGCUGGUGAAGAUGCGGUCAGAUCCGGGAGCAGGCACAGAGUUAACCAUGCUUGCGAACCAUGUCGCCACAGAAAGACGAAAUGCAGCGGCGAGAGACCUGUCUGUAGACACUGCCAGGACUUCAAGAUAACAUGUUUCUACGCGGAUGGGAAGCGAGAUAGAGUCAAGAAGCAAUUCGGAACUAUGACCGAGAAGGUGACCGACUACGAAAAACUCCUGAGGGCACUCAUGGACAGAGUCGACGAGGCAGACGCAAGACUGAUUCGUGCAUCGUUGGAGAAGGAGAUGUACGAUGCCGAAGAAACCGCCACAGAUGGUGGUACAUUGGACACGGUGUCUGCGAUACCCAGUAUCGAAAGAGAAGAUUCCCGCUCCGGCGCCGAAUCAGAGGUUUCCGCUGGUGCUGGCUCGACGGGUGCUCUCGAUAGGACCGAUGAGGAUUUCACCCGCGAACAGGCCAGGGCCACCGGAUACAUGGGGAAGAACUCUGAAAUUACCUGGCUCCAACGUUUGCGCGAGGAGAACCAGUUCGGGGAUCGCCCACAAGACAUGCUGGGCGACGAGAGACAACGAAAAGUAGCAGACGCAUCUGUCACCUCAUUUUCCUCGAUGCGUCCCCCGGGAGAUGCCCAACUCCCUCUGGCUGAAGCAGAAGAAGGCUGGACCAUCAACGACUACAACUACCACCUGGACGACACAUCUAUCUUCACCUUCGAAGCCGUUGACCCGUAUGAGCUACCAACACCAGAGGUUGCCAAUCAUUUGUUUAAUGCAUACAUGGAACGAGUCCAUCCUAGCUUUCCCGUCAUUGGGAAAGUCAAUCUGAGGGCUCAAUUCCGAAAGUUUAUCGGUGGGACUGUGCAGAGACCGCCUGAGAAAUGGCUGGCUAUUCUGAACAUGAUCUUCGCCAUCGCUGCAAGAUAUUCCCACCUUAUCAAGGCAGACUGGAGAGGCGACGAGCGCGAUCACCUGAUUUAUUUUACGCGAGCCCGACUUUUGACCAUGAGUUCAGAGACUUUGUUCCAACAUCCGGACCUCCAACAUAUCCAGGUAUUGGGACUGAUGUCAUUCUACCUGCUAUGUGUCAGUCAAGUGAAUAGGGCAUGGCUUCUCAUCGGCGUGGCAAUCCGGGCUGCUACCUCGCUGGGUAUGAAUAUGCGCAACGACAGUGCCAAUCUGAAAAAUUCGCUCAAAGAAAUUCGCUAUCGCGUAUGGUGGGCCCUUUACUGCCUGGAGCACCGGCUCUGUAACAUGACAGGCAGAGUUAAUUGCAUCCUUGACGAACAUUGCACAACACCACUUCCCAUUCCGUUAGAGGAAGAAUUGUUCGACUCGGAGGACGGUCAGAAACUCUUGAGCAAGGAAAGACAGCAAGGCGAUCGAGCUCCCGCGUCAAACACACAGACGCCCAGCGCUACCAACUCAACUCCUUCGACAGAUCGUUCUCGCUCUCAAACAAAGGUCGAUUCACGGUCGCCCUCCAUGCCUACCAAUCAAGGAGACAUGGAAUGGGCAAGAGACUUCCCACCCAACGGAUCCCUCUACUUCCUGCAUUUGGUGCAACUGAGUCGAAUGUCUCAAAACAUUUUUCAUCGACUGUACAAUCCCACAUCUGUCACAGGUACCUGGUCCGACAUCCAGGCCAAGAUCCAAGAGCUUGACGAGCAGCUUGAGAGAUGGUACAGGAGACUCCCACAAGCAUUUGCAUUUCGGAGAAAGCAGCGUGAACGUGGCUCGUACGAAUAUCGCCUAAGUCUUGGGUUUUUCUACUACGGCGCGAAGAUGACCAUCCACCGACCAUGUCUUUGCCGCCUUGACCGCAAGAUCCCGCACCAAUCUACGAAGUCACUCGAGUUCAAUCGCAACUCUGCUGCGGCUUGUGUCAAGGCUGCCAUGGAGAUGCUGGCAUCCAUUCCCGAUGAGCCGAAUGCCAUUGGUUUAUUGAGAGUUGGACCUUGGUGGAAUAUCCUGCAUUGGCUCGUUCAAUGUACUUCAGUGCUGAUGCUCGAAAUCACAUUCCGUGCUAAUCACAUGCCCGAAGAGGUCGACAGUGUUUUGGAAGCCAGCAAAAAAGGAAUUCGCUGGUUGCACGCUCUUGGUGAAGAUAGUUCAUCGGCAAGACGAGCUUGGGCGAUCUGUAUCCCGAUGCUGCGAGAGUCUGCGAAGAAGGUCGGCCGCGAUGUUGACGAUGUACCACUGUUACCACCCGGUAAGCCUGAGACCCAACCGCAGGACGCUAUGAUGCCGGAUAUGUCUAGCCAGAACUUUUCAUACGACGCCAACAUCUUUACGACUCAACCAACCUCGACUUCGAUGUACACCACGAUGCCGCAGAAUGUCCAACAGUUGCCGACUUCACAAGCCUUCUCGAUGUACGAUCCCAUGAUGGCAUUUGACCAAUACUUCCCGGCGGAAUUCCAAGUCGAUGGGCCUAUGCAGUUUCAGCAGAAUCCGGAUCCAGAGAUGGAGUUCAUGAGCAACGCUUUUCAUGAUGACCAGCAUCACCCUCAAGGAGGCCAGAACAGCCGAAAGGACCCUGGGUAUAGUUAG